CACAUUACGUACGCAGUGUUAGAAGGCUGCUACGGGCGUGUAGCGGUCUUUACCGCGCGCGAAGCCUACUUUCCAACUAAGCUAAUCUCUUUCUAUAAAUAAUUUUAUAUUUUAUUUUACAAUUAAAGCGGCCUUUUUAGUUAGAUCUUCAAAUUUAAAAAAAAUGAACAGCCUUUUUAUUGUCUGUACUCUCAAGUAUAAACCGGCUAAUUUACAAAGUUCGUACUCAUCAUGUGUCGUUCAAGGAUUUUUUGGGUCAUCUAAAAAAUAGAGUAGCAAUUGUUAUAGAAUGACUUUGACAGUUUGCUAUUUUUUAUUUAUUUACGUUUUGUGAUUUGUUUUGAUUUGAGUUUUCACGAUCUUCUUUUUAAAGGUUGUGAAUACAACCCCAAGAAAAUAAGGGUUACUAUGGUUUAUUUCAUUUGUGACACAAGUUAUUAGUGAUAUCCAACAGUGAAAUAAUUGCAACUACUUUUAAACAUAGUUAAUUAAACAAAUCGUAUGCAAGAUUCAGAUAGAUAAACAUAAAUCAAGAAAGAAAUUUCUAAAGAAAGAUAGCAAACAAUAUUCAAUAUAAUGUAAACAAGGAAUAUAAACAUAAUAAACUUAAUAUAAAAUAUUUGAAGUGCAGUGACUUGUAAUGUAGAUUUGAACGUCAUGGUAUACUAUGGCCAGUAUUAGAUAUUAAUUAGUUAGGUAUAUCAAUAAAAUGAAGUGUAACUUCUACAACAAACUCAGAAAUCAAGGAUUUUUUCUAUGUUUAAGACAAGCAGCCAAUGUUUACAAUAUUUGGACUAAAGACACUUAAUGGUUUACAUGGAUGGAAGGGAGGGCGCGGGACGCCGCGAAGGCGCCGUGCUGCCCAAUACCAUGGAGGCGUGCGAGCCGCCGAUCCAGUUGGAACCUGUGGACUUGAGUGUGAAGCGUCGCUCGCCUGUACCACGGCGCCGCUCGCGAUAUGUUGGUACAAACGUCCCAACGUCCUCGAAAUUCAUAAAAGUUGAAGAAUCAACAACUAAUGCAACACAUUUCGAGUCAUGCCACGAAUUGCCAAGAAUAAAAAUGGGUCCCGACCUUCGGAGUGCUAGAAAACUGAAAUCCGCAAACAGAUUCAAACAGCCUCCAAUGUUACCAACGCAACAAACGCUGCCAGUGUCUAUGGAACUGUCAAACAAGCCGUUUUACUCACCAAUGAUACCUUUCACGCUCCCGCCCAACGAAAUCAAGCCCAAUCUGUCCGCAGAUAUCGAAAUUAAAAACUUUUUGCUCAAUACAGCUUUACAAAACGCCUUGUCAGACUCCAUAACCGAAAUAUCACAGAGGAAGUAUAAACUGGAGGUACAUAAGAAAGAAACAGAUGUAGAUAAAAAAGAAUGUGCGAACGAGGAACAAAGUCGAAGAAGGUUGCACAAAUGCGAUGUUGUCGGCUGUAUGAAGGUGUACACGAAAAGUUCGCAUUUGAAAGCUCAUAAACGGACGCAUACAGGUGAAAAGCCGUACAGCUGCGGCUGGGCUGGCUGCGGCUGGAGAUUCGCGCGCUCGGACGAGCUGACUCGCCACACGCGCAAGCACACCGGGCACCGUCCCUUCGCCUGCCCGCUGUGUCGCCGGGCCUUCGCGCGCUCCGACCACCUCACGCUGCACAUGAGACGACACUAGCCUUCACACUGACAGACACAGUACAGCUGCGGCUGGAGAUUCGCGCGCUCGGACGAGCUGACUCGCCACACGCGCAAGCACACCGGGCACCGUCCCUUCGCCUGCCCGCUGUGUCGCCGGGCCUUCGCGCGCUCCGACCACCUCACGCUGCACAUGAGACGACACUAGCCUUCACACUAACAGACACAGUACAGCUGCGGCUGGCGGUUAGCGCGCUCGGACGAGCUGACUCGCCACACGCGCAAGCACACCGGGCACCGUCCCUUCGCCUGCCCGCUGUGUCGCCGGGCCUUCGCGCGCUCCGACCACCUCACGCUGCACAUGAGACGACACUAGCCUUCACACUGACAGACACAGUACAGCUGCGGCUGGCGGUUAGCGCGCUCGGACGAGCUGACUCGCCACACGCGCAAGCACACCGGGCACCGUCCCUUCGCCUGCCCGCUGUGUCGCCGGGCCUUCGCGCGCUCCGACCACCUCACGCUGCACAUGAGACGACACUAGCCUUCACACUGACAGAGUUACAGCUGAGCCUCUGUGACUUGUCUAAAUUAAAAAAAAACGAAUGGACUUUAGACCACAUGACUAAGAAGAUGAAGUAAAACUUCUUUCAAAAAAUAAAAACAAAGUGCCAUCUAUGAGCCCUAUUCAUUACUGCAUCGCAACAGGUACUUAAGGUGUACAAAAAGGGAGGUUUCAAAGUUCUCUAAGUAUGCCAUCUACUGGUGAUUUUAAAUAACAAAUACUGUUUAACUACCCUUGUAGAUGGCAGCAGGCAUCUUAAAAGCCUCACCGUACACUGACACUUUGUAACGCAUUCACCAACUUCAAGAAAGUUGCGUAUAGAAGUUUUACUUCAAAAUAAAUGACUGAUAAGUUGAUUACUUGACCAUAAUAUGAGAGUAACAUUUGAUAUCAAGUUUUACUCCCAUGUUUUUCUAUCACUUGAAAUUUUUCCACAUCUCUAUCGCAUGUCGCAUUACACCCGGGGGCGGAGUAUGGGUAAACUGAAAAGCGCUCGGCAUAUCAUCCAAGGCUAAUUUCUCAGGGUCCAUAAACAUUUUUACUUAUAGACAACUUAAAAUUUAAAGUAAUUUUCUAAAAUAACAUUUUUUUUUUACUUUUCGAAACGUAUGCUUUUAUAGAAAGACGAACAAUAUCUAACUGGCUAGAGCGGCCUGAUCAGCGUCAAUGGAUAGUGUGGUAAUAAAGGGAAGUUUGAGCUUUUUAGUUGAGCGAGUAGAUUCAGCCUGAUUUAAAGUUAAAAUUGUCUAUGACAGAUCAAACUCUGCUCAUGGACACGCAAGCUAAGAAUUAUUUUUAUUCUUUUUUUCAUCAACGUUUUAAGCUCUUGACUGCAAACUCAGCUGUAGGUAUAGCAUACGUCAAUGACAUAAUAUCUUGAAGUUAAAAACACGUAUUGUCGAUUGCUAGCGACGCAAACGAAAAUUCACAUUCUAUGUAGGUACUGCAUCGUCACUUACCCAUGCUAUUGAUGUGCAGUUUUAAGUGUCCGUCAGAUUUAACUGUGGAGUUUUUCGAAGUCAGAUUUAACUGUGCAGUUUUUCUAAUGAUUUUGAUUGAAAUUUCGAUUCCAUAAAACUGUACAACUGUUUUUAUGGAAUCGCAAUUUAAAAUAAAGUUAUAACUAAACUUAAAUCGCGGGUUAACGUCAGGUAAAAACGCAGUCAAAAAAUACAAAACUACUGGAAUGUCGAAAUAGACAGACAGAAAGCAUACAUAACGUUCUCUGUCUACCUUGAUUGUUGGAAUUCUGAAAUGAACCUUAAAUGUACCUGUGACAAAGUCAGAAGCGAGUUUGUUAUUUUUACUAUCAUAAGAUUUUUUUUUAAAAUUAGUAUUAAGAAAUAUUUUGUGGCAUUAUUUUACACUUAAAGGCCAGUAAAGCUAUACAUUUAUUUUAGUUUUUAAAGGAUAUUAAAUAUAUAUAAGCUUUUUUUCAUGAUUUAAUGACAGUCACAAAAAAUGAGUGACAUUUAGUGUAAGAGCAAGUUGCAGUAAAUUGGGGUCCUCUUAGAUAUACAUUAAAAAUUUACUAAAUAAUGAUUAAUUAUUAUUUGUGAACGCUCGUGACUUCGUACGCCUUGAAUUAUUUUUGUAAUAAAAGUUACGUCACUAUUAAAUGAAACUAAGCCUCUACAAUAUGCGUAAUAGAUACGAGCAUAUUGCUCUAAGUAAUUUACCAAUUUGUGUGAAUUUCUAAAAUUCCAACCCUAUAACAUAUAUAUAAUGGUAUUAUAUAUAUUUUGGAAAGGGGUAAGUAAUAGGGUAAGCUAUGCAAAACGUAUUUCCACGCGGGGUUCAUAAAUAUAUAUCCUAAAAUGUAAUAUAUCCUAAUUUACUUCAAAAGCAAACUUAAUUAAGAAUGUUAGAAUAUAAUUAUGAUGCUCAAAAAAUUGUUCCACAAUAAAUACAGGGCAACGGUGGCAAUAUUAGAUAAAAUCAUUAUCUAUAAGUUAUAAUAAUUUUCACAAGUUCUUUUUUGUAGUGUACUUACUUAGUAGGUAUUGUUUUAAUAUGUAUAUGAACUUUUACGUUAAGUUCAACAAAACCUUACAACUCUUAAACGUCUAAAUAACUAUUCUAUCUCCAUUUAAAUCAGAGGUUCUCAAACAUUUAUUUUCUCAUGGACCACUUGCUGGUUCCGGUGGACCCCCUGCUACAAUUUCGUGGACCCCCGUUUGCAAACCGUGAACCCCAUCUUUUUUAAUGGCACCAACGUGGACCCCGUCAAAUCUCCCGUAGACCUUUGGGGGUCCACCUGGACCACUUUGGGAAUCAACGAUUUAAAUAGUAUUGUUAUUGAAGAUAUUGUAUAGUGUUCUGUUGUUUGAUAUUUUAACGCGUUGUGUUUCAAAAGUUUAUGAAAUGUACUUAAUAUAUUACUUGUUUUGUAAUAUUUAACAGGGGUGGUGAAAUUGUAUAGAUUAGUCUAUACUAAUGCUUUCCAAAAAUUAGGUACAUAAUGGAACAUUUCUCUCUCUAUAAAAAUUUCAAAAAAAUGUCUGUUAUUUUGUUGAAAAAAGGUUCGCCAUCCCUGUAAAACCAUAUACAUAUUAUAGUUUUUAAUAAACAGCGUAGUUCUAGUGUAUAUUUCGUAUGAACUACCUAUCUAGUUUAACUAGGUUUUGCAAACAUUUUUGCACUGCAAAAUUAAAUUUUAUAUUUAUGGAGCGGAAUCUCUACGCGUGCCUUUUAAGAUUGUAGAGAGAGUCCGAUUUGUAGUUUUGAUUAAUAAAUCUGUUUUACCGAUAAGUAAAUAAACUGAUUAUCUUCUUUACCGACUCUAAGCUAAGAUGAUUUUCAUUUAGUUAAAGAAAGUAAAAGUUUGUUUUUAAAUACAUAUUGUAUAAAAUUCCCUGAAGAUUUUUUUUAUUUUACGUUAAACUUAAUUCAGUUUAACUUUUUCUAUCAAAUAUUGUGUUAGCAAUUAUCUAUAUCACGUUAUAGUAUUAGCAAUGUAUUGAAAAUUCUGAAUUCGAGUCGAGUCGAAAUACAUGAAAAAUUUAUUUAAAAAUUUAUUUUAAAACAUUAUUAUAGUAUUUUGUUCUGUAUCACAAAUUGUGAUAUUAAAAUAAGACAAUGUAAGAUUUAUUUAGUAUUAAAAAGGUAUUUGGGGGCCAGUAUUUUUUGACAUUACUAUUAGGUACGUAUGCAAUAAAUGAUAGUUAUAAGCGAAAUAAUAAAUAAAAAAAAAGUACUAAAAAUGUUGAUCUCAAAAAAUUGGAUAUUCCUUUCUCUUCGUAACAAUUGAUCUCAAUUGAAUAUUUAUUUUUUAUUUACAAGUGAAAAAUUGUGUUUACUUACUUACCUAUUUGUGCAAUCUCACUUUAUAGUCUAAGAGCCCGUGAACCCCAGACCUUCGUCAUUUUAGAAAAACUGAAAGUUUGUCAGUUUAGGCUCCUACCAUAAGUAAGUACGGUAUCCAAUCAUAGAGUUUAGACAGUGGUGGCCUUGACAGGUAGCAGAUUUUAAGGAUCCAGACCCUCAACCGUCUAAUUACAAUGUGUAAUUUUUUCAUGUUUUCCUGGGCAUAAUAUGAGAAAUAAUAUACCCCGUCGUCGGCAAUCCUUUAAAAAAAACACUAUUUAAUUUGAAAUUUCAAGGCUGAAGUGUCUGGAUAUCAUUUCUCAUAUUAUGCCGAUAAAAAUGUAAAAAAAUACACUUGAUACUUAGACAGUUGAGGGUCUGGAUCCUUGAAAUCUGAUAUCACCCAAAGCCACCACGAUCCUAAUUCCACAGUUGGCUAUGGUACUUAUCGAUGGUAGGAGCAUGAGCUAACAAAUUAUUAUCAGCUAUUAUAAAAUGACGAAGGUCUAGCUGUCGCUGGCUCUCCGUCUAUCAUUGUUAACUAUUUUAAAGGGCUUUGGGGUAAUUUCGAAAAUGGACCGUGAAUUUUUGAAUGAAAAUUUGUGAACAAAACCAGACAAUAUUUUUUGCAGAGUUUCAAAUUACAAGACAUCAAUUUAUUUGCCUUUCUAACUCCAGUCGUGUAAUAUUUUGUAUUCUACGAUUUUUGUUAUUUUCAUAAGUACCCCAAAACACUAUUUUACAUAAUAGAAGAAGAUAGUACUUAAAUUACUGAUUGUUUUCCUUGAAAAAUACUUUACGUUUCUUUUAUCUUUCCGAUUAACAUUAUGCAAUUAAUGAUGCCUUAGUAAAUAAUUAAGUGUAUAGAUUUAAAAUAGAUUUAUUAAUUACCCAGCAUUUUGCCGGCCAGUAAAUAAAAUGUAUUUUUUUAGAUUACAACAUAAGAUUCCUAUUUACAUGUUAUGCACUUUAUACUAAGAUUAACUAAAGCUGGACUACCAUUAAAGUAACAAAAGAAAAAAUAUAUAUACGCAAACCAAAAUUGAGUUCGCCUGCGCAAUAUAUGAAAAGAGUUUGGAUAAUGAAAGUCACCCAACAAAUUUAAAAAAAAACCCAAAACUAUAGUGAAAAUAUUGGAAUAACUCAGUUUGAUACUUGUAAUUUUAUUUAAGGAGUAAUGUUUUUAUACAUGCGUUUUUAACAAACACUAGUAGAUUUUUUUUUUAAUUUGUUAGGCGAAUUCAGUCUACUUUCAGUAGGCAAACUCUACGAGGUAGACAACAGGGGAGCGAGAGCGAAUGAAGAAUGGGCGACAGUGAUUCAUCCAUUCAUUCUUUGACAGAAAUGCUCCCUCCCGCACCUCUCAGUCCCCUCUGUCGUCAUACCCCGCACACUAUUACACGGUUGAAGAUACAUAGAAAGUAGCUAGGUUUGCUUAUACUUGUGGAUGAUAAUUAUGUUGUAAACAAUUCAUCCAUAAUUUUCAAAAGGGCUCAACGUUGUAUGGUCGUCCAAAGCUUUGAUACACGAAAUGACAAUAUUUUUUUUUAUUAUUAGACAAAUCUAAAUAAAAGUUACUUUUUACUGUGAAUAA